AAAGUUUGUAUGAAUUUCCGCUGACUUUAUUGUGGGCGGCUUGUUGACUGCGAUAUGUGCUCAGCGGUGACAACCUCCAAUACAAAAAAUCAAAAUGGCGGACGUAGAACAAGUCCAAGUGAGAUUUUUUACAAAACAAAAAAAGUAUGAGAUCGCCGACACUCCGUUCUCAUUAUCCGCUAAUAUCGGACACGAUGAUCUCAAUGACCUCAUCAAUGGCUUGCUUGGAGCAGGAAAUGAAUCAGAAAUAUCAGGAACUGACAGUGAAGUUGGUCAGAGCAUCCAGUUUGACUUCCUCAUUGACAGUCAGUAUUUACAAGACACCAUUCAAAAACAUAUGAAGGCAAAGGAAAUAUCAGCUGAAAGUGUGGUAGAAAUUGAAUAUUUAGAGAAGCACCCUGCCCCUCAACCAGAUAACAUCUUAGUUCAUGAUGACUGGGUUAGUUCAGUGUCAAGAUGCAAAAAUUGUAUUAUCACUGGAAGCUAUGACAACUGUGUUCAAAUCUGGGAUGAUCAAGGUUCAUGUUUAGCCAAAGUCAAAGGCCACACUAGUCCUGUAAAAGAUGUAGAGUGGGUAUCAAAAGAUGAACAGAAAGGUGUAUUUCUCAGUUCGUCCCAGGACCAGUCAAUAAGAGUAAUGGAGUGGAGUAUAGGGAGUGGUGAGGCAUCAUGUGUACAUGUUUGCAAAGGCCAUACACAAAGUGUGGACAGCAUAUCAAUCAAUCCCUCAGCUACCAAGUUUUGCAGUGGCUCGUGGGAUAAGACGUUAAAGCUCUGGUCUGCGGUUGUAAAUCCUGAAGGUGGUGAUGAAGGUGAAAAUGGCAGUUUAAGCAAAAAACAGAAAACAACUGGAGUAAAGAAGAAAGCAACCACACGGACACCCCUUAUGACUUUCACAGGCCACACCCAGGCUGUCUCAUCAGUAGUUUGGAUGGAUAGAACAACUAUAUGCAGUGCCGGGUGGGACCACUGUAUACGACUCUGGGAUGCUGAGUCUGGCGUCAACAAACAAACUUUGACUGGCUCCAAGGUAUUUUGUGAAAUUGCUUACUCUGCACUAAAUCAAUGUUUGGCAUCUGGGAGUGCUGACAAGUAUAUUCGACUCUGGGACCACAGGGCUGAAGAUGGCCAGGUUGUCAGAGGCAUAUUAACAUCACCCCAAGGAUGGGUUUCUUCUGUCUCUUGGUCUCCUAGCAACCAGUUUGAACUCGCAUCAGCUUCAUAUGACACAACUGUAAAAAUAUGGGACACACGCAGCCCUUAUACACCACUAUACACGCUAACAGGCCAUCAAGAUAAAGUAAUGUGUGUGAGAUGGUCUUCUUCUCGUCAUCUGAUGAGCGGUGGGACAGAUAACCAGUUGAUUCUGUACCUGUGUGGCAGUAAUGGAUGGCGAGUCGAAGGGUCAAGUAAAGGGGAUAUACAAACAACAACAGAUUAGAAGCUUAUCAGAGAGCCAUUCUUCUAAGCUAUCCAACAUAGAUCACAAGACUUUUUUUAGUGAUUUCUGAGAACUCAUGAAAUUUCUGGUUUCUGAGAACUCAUGAAUCAGACAAGCCAAGAAAGAUCAAUGGUGAUUUUUAGGUCUUUGGAAUUCUUCCAAUCAUGUUACAAUAGAUCUCACAUAAAUGGGACUUGUGAUUUUUGUUUGUUUUAUUAAAACCUUUGCAAAUAGCACCGA